CCUUUUUUUUUGUGUGUGUGUGUGUAAAUAGAGUCAUCUUUUUUAUUGUGUUUGACAUUGUUUACAAAAGAAGAAAAUAAUCCCAAGAAACAAUAUAUGUUGUACGACGUUUAGAUUUUAAUUUUGUGAAAUCCUAUAAAUUAAAUCCUAUUCACUCUCUCUCUCUCUCUCUUUUUCCUUUUCCUCCUCCUUCUUUUUUUUCCUUAUAACUCAUGUUUCUCAUUCAUAGAAUAUACCUCUUCAUCCUCACAUGUACACUCUUUUCCACACUCAAUGCGUCCAAGGAGACACCACCUACCGUUGCACAACCCGACCUGAUGAAAGAAGAAUCUGAUAAUUACAUUGUUAUUUUUAAACCAAAUGUACCAACCCUUCAUAUCAAGAACCAGAUCCAAAAGAUGAAUUUACAUCAGGUCAACCAUACACUUGUCGACACGAAAAAUCAUACCUCCUUGACGACAGAUUAUAAUUCCAUUGGUCAAUUCAAAUGGUAUUCUGCUCAAUUUCAUACAGAAGCCAUUGAAAACCUUUUAAAAAAGAAUACGACCGAUGAUAUCGUUCAUUAUUGGGUGAAAGAUGCCAAGUUUUCAUUACAGGGAUUUGUACAGACUAAUCCUCCCAGCUGGGGUUUAGACAGAAUUGAUCAACGCACAGGUACCGAUGGCAAUUACAAAUUUCCAACUGCUUCGGGUCAUGGUGUGACAGUGUAUUUAAUGGAUUCAGGCAUCAAUGAAAACCAUAUUGACAUUGCAGGCAGAGUCAAGAUUGGUAAAACCGUUGUAGGUGACCCGAAUGACGCUUCGGAUAUCAAUGGCCAUGGUACCUUUGUUGCCGGUGUCUGCUGUGGAACCAAAUACGGUGUUGCAAAAAGUGCGGAGAUCGUGUCUGUGAAAACAUUGGACACGGAUGGAAAUGGAAGACUCUCUGAUGUACUUGUCGGACUCGAAUGGAUUGUUGAACAACAUCGAAAGGAUCCUAAUGCAAAGUCCAUUGUCAAUUUGUCUCUGGGAGCACUGUAUAGUCAGGCUACCAAUGAUGCCAUUGCACAAGCCAUGAGUUUAGGUAUCCAUUUUGCAGUGGCAGCUGGAAAUUAUGGUGAGGAUGCUUGUCUUUACAGUCCUGGUAGUACACCUGGAGCCAUUACCGUAGGAGCCAUCGAUGAAGAUGAUUCAGUUUCAUACUAUUCUAAUUUUGGCAAGUGUGUCGACAUUUUUGCUCCAGGUACAAACAUCAAAUCCAUUUGGCCCACCUCUAAUUCCGCCACACGUACAUUAUCAGGCACUUCCAUGGCCGCACCUCACGUUGCGGGAACCAUGGCACUUAUGCUUUCACAAAACGACUUUUCACCUGCAGAACUUGCCAGUCAUUUAAAAAAAGUGUCGAGUUUGAUCACGGAGAAUUUUACGAUUAAUAACACGGGUAGUUUUUACAAUGAAAACAAGACGGUGAUUGAUAAUGCGAUUGAUACAGGAUAUAAAGUCAAGGGCCGACAAAAUCAAAAGACCUUGGUCAAUAUUUUGUACAAUUAUCCAACGGAUGGUAAAGAGAAUUGGAUUUAUGGUCAAGCACUCAGUCAAGCUAGCGAGAAAUACCCCUUUGUUGCAUUUAUUAGUGCAAUCCCAUUCAUUGCAUUCAUUUUCUUUUUCCUUUAAAAAAAAAGAAUACACACAUUUAGACUAUAUCCCCCCCCCCAUACACACACAUUUGGACGAACUAAAAAAAAAAAAGUUUCAAUGGAACAAGUCGUACAAAGCAAAAAAAAAAAAAUCUGUAAUUCGUCAUCAUCCUUUUGUACAGUGCGUCCACU